CCCCACCUGUCUCGAUACCGCCAUGGCGGCGUGGGUCUCCUCCCCCUUCUCCGUAGUCGCCCGCACAGCCAUCAAAACCCUAGAUUUCCUCUUUAAUGUUAUCCAUCUCCCUCGCCGGAGCUGCAGUUCUUCCGGCUACGAGAUGAACUCCGCCGACAACGGCGACACCGUCUCUGCAUCUAUCACCGAAGAUCCCGACACCGGCAUCCUUCCCUUUGGUGAAUCUCUUCUCUACAGACUCUCCCACCACAUCCCCCAGCAUCGUCGCUCCCUUUCCCCUCCAGAUUCUAAUGGCCAGCCACGCCACAGUGACCACUACAACCCGCUCAUGAAGGCUUUCGGUCGGUUCGGCGAAACCGACGAGACUAUCAGCCUCCUUCGCGGGAUGAAUAAACCCAACGUUAGAUGCUAUGCUACUGCAAUGGAUGCCCUAAUCCGUGCCGGCCGCUAUCAAGAAGCCGAGUCCGUCUUCAGCCAAAUGAUCUCAUCGGGUAUCGCCCCCGAUUCUGUUGCCUACUCUAUCCUUGUUAAGAUGUACUGUUUUCAUUACAAACACUUCGCUUCUGCCCGCAAUCUCAUUCAAUUAAUGGUGGAUCGAGGCUGUAGACCGGAUGUUGUGACGUAUUCUACUGUGAUCUCGGGGCUCUGCCGUGCUGGUAAAGUGGAUGAAGCUUUCUCUGUUUUGAAUUCAAUGCUGAAGGAUGAUUGCAUUAUAAAUGCUCACACCUACACCCCCAUCCUCCAGGCUUUUUGCGCUGAAGGGAAGAUCGAUUUGGCCCGUGAGCUCAUGGAGAAGAUGAGGAACUUGGGCUGCCCUCCUGAUGUUGUGAGCUAUAACGUACUCAUCCAUGCCCUCUGUAACGAUGGGGAUUUUGUUGAAGUCGACAGAAUUCUUUGUGAGAGUUCUAAUACUGGUUGGGAGCCAGACUCUGUUUCAUACAAUACUUAUAUCGGCGGGCUGUGCAAGAGGGGGAUGAUUGAUGAGGCGUUCAAGCAAUUGGAUGUAAUGCUGAAUAAAUCAUUGCACCCUACUGAAGUGACUUUGAAUAUACUGUUAGGUCUGUUGUGUCGUGAUUCAAAGAUUAUGGAGAUUAUAUUCUUUUUGGAGAAGAGCUUCGAGCUCAGGCUUGAUGUUGGUGCUGCUACCUAUAACACUGCCAUGACCAGGCUCUGCGAGCUUGGAGAGUAUUCAGCUAUUCCGAACCUCUUGUCUGAUAUGUUCAAGAAGGGAAUAAUACCUGAUGUACAGACCUUUAACAUUGUUAUUUUGAGCCUUUGCAGGGCUGGAAAACUCUAUAAAGCUAAGCAUCUUUUUAAAAGCAAAGCUUUUUCUCCAGAUAUUGUGACAUGUAAUAUCCUUUUACACGAGUUUUGUUUGGCUGGAGAGUUUGAUGAAUUUCAUCAGUUGCUGGGUGAGAUGGGUUCCGGGCAGAUCUCCCCCGACGCCAUCACCUACAAUAUAAUUGUAGAUGGUCUUUGUUGGGAUGGAAAGUUUUCAGAGGCUAUUGAGUUUGUUAGGUCCAUUGAUUUGGAAUUCAAAUCCGAUCAUGUUGCGCAUCUGGCUUUUGGGUUAGUUAAGGGUGGAAGGGUUGGAGAUUUGUUGAGGCUGCUUGGAGAAAUGAUUGAGAAGGGUUUACUGCUGGAUGUUCGCUUGUUUGAAUUUAUGAUACAAGCGUUCUGUAGGAAGGGUUCUUGUGAGAGCAUAGAGAUAUACAAAAUCUGUCUUAUUCUCGACAAAAUGCUUCGAAGAGAUUAGUCCUCUGAGAGACCUAACAUAUUCAACAAUGUACAAAUCCAAUCAAAGUGGUUUUUGAAGGCCUGCUUAUUGCAGAUUUUGAAGCACCUAUUAUUACCUUUAAAAGGGAUGAUUCUGAAGUUUUGAAGUCUGGAUAAACCAAUGCUUUUUGACCUGUUUAUAUAUGAAAGUACGUCGAUGAUGGAGCUAGCAGCAUAACUGGAGCAAAUACAAAAUGGCAGUAGGCUAUGAUUAAUCUAGUAUCGGAAACUAUGGAGAUGAUGAUAGAUUUUAGUAAACUAGCUUUGGUGUACUUGCAACUUGAAGAUUAACUUGAAUGGAAGAAAUAAACGCCUAUAAAUUUGUCCAAGUCUUAAAAGGCUUGAAAAGUUUUGGCUAUAAAGCCUGGGUUGGGUUGAGCUUCUCUUAUAGAAAUAAUGAGUGCUUCUACUGUAGAACAAAAAAAUUGUUAUGAAG